CAUUCAUCUCAUUUAAAAGCCCUGACUGGUCUCUGAAAUCUUAAAGUCAACAGACGAAACAAGAGCAAUGGCUAUCCAGGUUGCUGUGUGCGCUCUGUUGCUUUGUGCCGUGGGACUCUCCCAGUCCUCCUCCAUGCCAGAAGACUGCUCUGCCAUCCACGAGCAGGGCUUCACGAGCAGUGGCGUUUACACCAUCUACCCGGCCGGCUCCACGUCACCUCAGUACGCCUACUGUGACAUGGAGACUGAUGGAGGGAAGUGGACGGUGUUCCAGAGGAGAAUGGACGGCACAGUGAACUUCUUCAGGGGAUGGGAGCAGUACAAGAAUGGCUUUGGACAUGCUGCAGGAGAGUACUGGCUGGGUUUGGAAGCCGUCCAUCUCCUGACUGCAAAGGCACCUCAUGAGCUGAGGGUAGACUUGGAGGACUUUGAAGGCAACAAAGCAUUUGCCAAAUAUUCCUCCUUUUCUAUCUGCAAUGAACUGGACGGCUAUAGACUCACAUUGAGUGGAUUCACAAAUGGAGGCGCAGGGGAUUCCUUGGCUUAUCACAAUGAACAGAAGUUUUCCACAUUCGAUCGAGACUCCAGUGAAUCCACUUCUUGCGCACUCGCUGCGAUGGGUCCCUUCUGGCACAAAAAAUGUUACCAUGCCAACCUAAACGGCGUCUACACCUGGGGCCAGGACCACCAGCAUGGAGCUGUUUGGAGAGGCUUUAAGGAGUUUAGAUCUUUAAAGUCCAUUUCCAUGAAGACAAGACCACGAGUGAACUAGCCCCAACACCAUUUCCAUUUCGACACAAACUGUGUCGUACAUACACAAACAAAAAGACAUUGAGUUCAAUGGUUGGAACAGUUGUACCGCCAUUUUGAGAUUAACAGAGAAAACUACUGUAACAGAGGACAAUGCACCUUGUGUACUUCCCAACUGGAUAUAGUGCAACCUAACUACUAGAUGGUCAUCAUUCCACUUUUUCAGCAAAAAAGCAAAUUAUAUGUUGUGCCUUAUACUGCAAAGCUGUUACAAUUAUGAUAAAAUGAAUAAUUAUUAAAGGAGUGAAAUUUUCACAUGUGGGUUAGUUGGUCAUGCAGAAUAGGUCUGUUGACCUUGAUGAAUGACAGGUGGAUUUCGGAAGUGCUCAAUUGUGCUUUUCAUCAAGCUGUGACAGUCUGUUAUCUUCAGUAUAAUGGCUGCAGUAAUAAAGAUUUCACUUUUUCAGAGGUGUAUGCCAUCAUCAACAUCAUGUAAUAAAGAUAACACUUUUAA